UUGGCACCUUUUGUAAGGAUAAGAUCUCAGACUUAUCUUUCUUGCCUCUGGGUUCAAUCUUAAAUUAACGCUCCAAAAAGCUAGAAGACACCAUGCUGCGGUGGCCCUUUACUAAUGAAAUUCUACACAAUACCCCAUGAAAAACCCACCUUCUUUGAUCAAUAAUUCAACCCUAGAUCAUAAUCAUCAUAUAUUGAUCCAAUUAUAUUUUCCAAGAAAGAAAAAGAAUUUUCCCUCUUAGAAAUGGAUCUUGAAGAAUGGGAAAUUUUGCCCCAUGGGGGAUUUCUUGAUUACCGUGAAGAUGGUGAAAAAAAGAAUUUUGCGGCAAGCAAUCGUAGCUCCAAUUCGAAAAGUGUGUUCGAUAUGAACUACUUUGUGUGCCCAUCUUCACCCCCAAAAAAUUCAAGGAUGGUGCCUAACCAACUUGUUCCAGUUCCAUUUCAGUUGGAAACAACAAGAAUCACAACUGGUAAGGAUCAACAAGACAAAUCAAAGCCUAUUGACAUCAAGGUGGUGCCUUCUUUGAUCAUGCCAGAAGUCAAAGGUCCUGAUAUAGCUUCAAAAGAAGCUGAUCAAGACCAAGUUUCCCAAGUUUUCUUCAAGAAAAUGAAGGAAAAUGAAUUUGUCGACAUGAAAAUGGACUCUCCAAAGUCCCCAACAACCAAAGGUUUUGUGCCUCCUCAAAUUGAUGCUGGCAAGUUUAACUUUGAGGAUACAGGUGAUGCCUUGGAAACCAAGAUUUGUUCCCCAAGAAACAAGAAUGAAAAAGAAAUUAAGGAAGUGGAAGAGGUUAAUUGGGAGGAGAGUAAUAGUGGCUUGAAUUUAUGGAAGUGGAGCUUGAAUGGGAUUGGAGCAAUUUGCUCCUUUGGUAUUGCAGCUGCUACUGUUUGUAUCAUCAUAUUUGGAAGCCACCAAAGAAACAAUCAGCAACAGAACCAAAAGCUGAGGUUCCAGAGUUUCAAUGAAGACAAGAGGAUUAAGCAAGUGAUUCACCAUGCAACAAAAUUCAAUGAAGCAAUUACAACAGUAAGAGGAGUUCCCAUUUCUAGAGCUCACAUAACUUAUGGAGGUUACUAUGAUGGUCUUUGAAGCAAAACUCAUAUCACAGAACAAUCCCAAUUGUUCCUUGCUGUCAAUUGUGGUGAUGAAUCUAUUAUGCCUAUAUGUAAGCUUUUAUUUAUGGUUUUCUCUUCAUAUUUUGUACAUAUAAAAAGCAGUAUAUAUGAGAUAUUUACUUGUGUAUAGAUUCUGAUGAAUCCUGUGUAUUAGAGAUUCCCUAUGCUUAUGUACAAGCCACUUAUAAGAGGUUGGUAUCUUUAUUGUGA